UUUUAUAACCAAGUUUAAACGAGCACUGCUGCGACCAGAUACUCCCGAAUGGCCUGCAAAUUGAUAUCCAGCCGACACCAGUCAUACCGCAUUGAAAUGAUAUUACAUUAUUCAGUCCUUUAAAAAUCCACAGUAGUCGUCGGUAGGAUUUUUUUGAACUUUAUAUAAUGACAAGAAUGGGAUCUGCGUGUUAAUACUUGAAACGCAAGCGGGAUAACCUACCAAAAAUGGUGUUGGAAAUCCAGCCGAAGAAAAGUUAUCCUAUUGCGGCCAAAAUAAAAGGUCCCGGGCCGGCUGGAUAUUCCAUUCCGCCAUGCUUCGGCUACGAGCACCAUAUUUUAACAAAACUACGAGCCCCGCAAUGGAGCAUGCGGCCCCAGCUGAAAAUAAUCGAUUGGACAAACUCGCCUGGACCAGCUGCGUAUGGGAUUCCCACGCACAUGACCAAUCGAGGAAAAGAACUUCCGCCGGCCUACAGCAUGGGCAUUACGUUGAAACCUUUAAGAACUAUGAAUACGCCAGGGCCGGCUGCGUAUAACAAUCACAUGUUUAUUAAUGCCACACAUCCGCGUUCUCCUGCUUGGCACAUGGCAUUGCCGGGCCUGAAAGAUAAACCGAAUAAUUUUCCGGGCCCGAAUCAUUACAGCAUCCCCGCUAUUGUUGGUCAGCGACAUCCAGUUGUCGGUUCUGCACCGGCAUAUUCAAUGCGAAUAAAGUUGCUGGUUGGCAAUUUUUUCGAUGACCGUGCGAAGACCCCAGGACCAGCCCGCUACGACGCGGUUCCUUUAGAACGGAUUAAAAUACGAGCACCGGCGUAUACCCUACGGAAAGUACUGCAACCACUGUCCAGUUUUAACUACCCCGGACCGGCUACGUAUUAUCCCGGGUUAACAACAAAACCGCACAGUCCUGCUUUUACCAUGCGAAUUAAGCAUUCAGAAUACUUGGCUCCUGUGAAAGUAUGGGAACCGGAUAUACUUGUCGACUGGGAAUAAAAUUAUUACUGUCGACUUUUAUUUAUGCUUUUUGUUUGUGGGGUUGAUCUUUGGUCUACACCUUCGGACUUUGGCAGUUACCGGCACAGCUGUAGCUCUCUUCCAGAAUUCGUGGAAGCAGUUUUGUGAUGAUUUGGUACGGUUUUUUACUGUUUUAUAUUUUGGAUUUGAUCUUGCCGACGGUCAACUUUUUAUUGCGUUUUACUUUUUAAAGGGCAGUCUUUUGAAUAUUUUCUGGGGUGAUGAUUUAUCGGCGAAUGAUCGCACCUCACACCUGUGAUUCCGUUGAAACAAAUGGCCGUCUGUAGGGUCGUAGACUCUGUACUGUUAGGGGUAUUAAAAUUAUAAAAUCAAUGUA